AUGGCUGAGCCGAAUGGAGAGCGAAUCGAAGCAGAAGCAGCUCCAAUGAAGGAGGAUGAGAAGGAAGAGAAGCCUGAUCUAUUCGAGGAUAUACCUGAAGAUAUUAGGAAUGAUUCUAUCGACAGCGUCAAGACUCGCAGCAGAAUGAUUGAUAAUGAGAUUAGGAUGUUCAAAUCAGAGCAGCUUCGUCUCAGUCAUGAUAUGAGAGCUUUAGAGGAGAAGAUUCGUGGCAAUCAAGAAAAGAUUAGGCAGAACAAAGUGUUACCCUAUUUGGUUGGAAACGUCGUUGAAAUCCUUGAAGUUGAUCCUGAAGGCGAAGACGACGGCGCUGCUCAAGAUCAGGACUCAAUGCGUAAAGGCAAAUGUGCUGUGAUCAAGACUAGCACUAGACAGACAGUCUUCCUUCCUCUCAUUGGUCUCGUCAAGGCUGACGAUUUGAAGCCUGGUGAUUUGAUUGGUGUUAAUAAGGACUCGUACUUGAUUCUCGACACUCUCCCACCUGAAUUUGACUCUCGUGUCAAGGCUAUGGAAGUUGACGAGAGGCCGACUGAGAAUUACACUGAUAUUGGUGGAUUGGAGAAACAAAUCGAAGAACUCGUUGAAGCUGUCGUCAUGCCAAUGAAACAGGCUGAUAAGUUUGUCAGACUCGGUAUCAAGCCACCAAAAGGUGCGCUUAUGUAUGGACCACCUGGUACCGGUAAAACUAUGCUUGCUAGAGCUUGUGCGGCACAAACAAAUGCUUGCUAUUUGAAGCUUGCAGGACCAUCGCUUGUUCAGAUGUUCAUCGGUGAUGGUGCUAAAUUGGUCAGAGACGCAUUCGAAUUGGCCAAAGAGAAAGCACCUGCUAUCAUUUUCAUUGAUGAGUUAGAUGCUAUCGGUACUAAGCGUUUCGAUAGCGACAAAUCAGGUGACAGAGAGGUACAGAGAACAAUGUUAGAAUUACUCAAUCAAUUGGAUGGAUUCAGCUCAGACAACCGUAUAAAGGUGAUUGCAGCAACUAAUAGAAUAGAUAUUCUUGAUCCCGCCUUAUUGAGAUCGGGUAGAUUGGACAGAAAGAUUGAAUUCCCAUUACCAAAUGAAGCGGGUAGAGCACAGAUAUUGCAGAUACACUCGAGGAAGAUGAACGUUAGUCCAGAUGUCAACUUUGAGGAAUUAGCGAGAUCAACAGAUGAAUUCAACGGUGCACAGAUGAAGGCAGUAUGUGUGGAAGCAGGUAUGAUUGCUUUAAGGGAAGGCAGUGAGAUAAUUGAACAUGAGCAUUAUAACUCUGGUAUACUUGAAGUGCAAGCUAAGAAAAAGCAAGAGCAUUACUACUAUGCGUAG